AUGUUAACUGAAAGAGACGAAGUUAAGGAUGCACUUAAAGCUUUUCUUGGGGAAGAUUGGAACGACGAGACUAAAAUCAAUAUGACGAAAGCCGACUUUAGGGGAAGACUCAGAGAUUUUGCCGUUUUUAACGAGACAGCAGGAAACAUGGGGAUGAGCAGGAAACAUGGGGAAAUAACCUUCUACCUGACGCAGUUGCUGAGUGGACAUGGGUACUUUAAUGCCUACCUACACAAAAUGGUAAGAAAGGCGAGCCCAAAGUGUGACUACUGUCCGGAGGAACAGUACAGCGCAGAACACACUUUCCUAAAAUGCAACAGGUGGAUAGCUGAAAUAAGAUUACUAGAGGUAGAAAUAGGUGAGCCUUUGACACCUCAGACUAUCGGGAGAGGGAUGCUUCAAAGCAAAACAAACUCGGAAGCAGUAUCUCGAUAUGCGGAAGAGGUGCUGAGACAUUAA